AUGGAGAAAAAAUUACUACUCUUUUGCAUUCUAACUACAUUGCAAACAACCCACACAAUCUUCUCGUCUGUAUGCGAUUGCAACUAUGUUAAAACACGAGGAAUUCUAGAUAUUAACUCACCAUACUAUUGCCAAAACCCCAGCACUAAUCAUCAACCACGAUACCUAACAAAUUAUACGCUAAUGACUAAACAAAAUCCAGUAAAAACUUGGAAAGGAUGGACUUGCAAACAAUGGAUUAAGACUAAGAAAAUAACCGGAUCUUUCUGGAUAGGAUCUUUUGACACAGUUUAUUCACAGGAAACAAAAUUGCUCUCAGCAAUUGAAUGCUGGGAAAUGGUAAAUAAUAAAAAAUGUGGGGGUAAUCUUAUGCAGGCAGGAACAACAACGUUGAGUUUUACAUCAACUCCUACAGGGGAAGGGAAGUGGUAUGCUAUCAAAGAAUACCAUGCAUUAAAUUGUUUAGCAGAAGAGAUAACAUUAAAACAAGAGACACCAGAAAGCUUAGUGGAAAGUCCAUUUGGAUUCUUAAACACCACUCAGCAAGAAGGGGAGUAUACACAAAAUCAUAACACCAUAGUAUGGGGAGAUAGAUCAACAAAUUCAUCAAAUUCACAAAUUAUUUUUAAAGGUGAAGGGUAUAUAGAAUUAACAAACUCAAUGAUUAAUGUAAAUACUAGCCGUCUUCUUGAUAAUAACAAGCAGAUAGAAAUAACUUUCUCUAACAAACCAGAUAUAAAUAAUAAAGAAUUUGCCCAACCUGGAUUAAAAGUAGUAGGGAUGCCUUUAACAUUUCUUAUUUUUCCAAACCAAGUAAAUGUAGAUACAUGGUCUUGCAAUGAAUACGCAGAUCCAAUAGCGAGCAAAGUAAAACGGUCGACUAAUAACGAAAUUGAAUUUCUUGACAAUCGUGCUAAGAAAGAAGCUAUGGGAAAAAGACUUUACAGUAUAUCGUAUGCAUGGGGUUCGAUACGAAUGGGACAUCCUAUAAUAACAAACGUAGAAGAAAAUGGAAUAAUGACUAAAAAAGAUACAAUUGCGUAUCUCAUGGUUAAUGGUUCAUCAAUAAACACGCAAGUAUCAGUCCACAACCAAUAUGAUAUCCAAGAUCCUUUGCCAACAGGAACAAAAUUCGAAUACAUCGUAGAUCACAGCAUAAGGCUUAUGAACACUAACAUCUGCAUCGUGGCAAAUGAAAACAAUCAAAUUAUGGCAGAAAAUUGUACCGAAAAAACAUCAAGAUGGAUACUGGAUUUAAUUAACUACCAAUGGAUUUCUCUAGAAACAGGCCUGUGCAUCACCUUACAUGAUGAAGAAGAAGGACGACUUAGAUUGGCAACACUAAAAACGUGCAGUAGACAGGGAACAAUUAGUGAAAAUCAACAAUGGGUUAUCGAAAUCCUAACAACAAACCCGGAUGUGUUGGACAAUUUCCCAGAUGCAUCCAUUGACGAAUUCGAAGAAAUCCAGUUGGAACAGAGGACAUCAGUAACAACGACCGUCAGUUCGCCAAUUUUUGGAGGAUUAUUGAAGCGGAACCAUGGGAGAGGAAACAUCAUAUGGGACAUGAUAGGAUGGGGACUAAUGAAACAUGGUAAGUCACCCGAUGAAAAAUGUUUAACACACAAUGGCGUUAACAAACCAAUAACACUCGAAGCAUGCGAUCCUAACUGGAUCAAAUGACAAUUAAUGGCAAGUGAUAGAACAGGACUUCAUUCAGGCGCUUCGGACCGGAAAUGCCUAACAAGACGGAUCGACAAAUUAUCGUUGGGACACUGUCAUGGAACAAGCCAGAAACAACAUUUUAGUUUCGAGUACCGGAAUCCACAUCAACCUAGAACAUUGACGGCAGCAGCAAUAAUAUCUCUACAUACGCAACACGCCUUACUUGGAAAAAAUCUACCAAUCUUGCCACCAUUAAACCAUCGUGAUCCAAAGGAGAUUAACUAUAAAACAAACGCAACGGAAGGAAUAACUAAAAAUUCGACCAUAACGACAAAAUCAGCAACAUCCAUGACUGCUACAACAGAUAAAUCAGUCAUACCUUCCAUUGCAGCCAAGGCUUCAACACAACAAAAAGAAAAUACAGCACACGAACUUGUAAUAGAUGACUAUCUACCGCUAAAUGACGCUAAUACAAGUAACGGUCUACCAAAAUCCACUGAGGAGCUAAGUGACUUGAUAAAAUACGAGCUUGGAAAAAUGCACGAGCAAUACAAAAUCAGUAUUGAAACUGAACACGACAAUAAAUUGGCAAAAGAAAUUCGGGAUGUUUACUGCCAGUUGUCAAAGAUAAAACGAACGCAAGCCAUAAUCUUAGCCCAAACAAAUGGAUUGCUUGCAGCCGCCGCACUCGGACUUCCAAUGUGUACAAGGAUAUAUGGUUUUGGUCAAGCCAUGACAUUGCAACAAUGCGACCCAAAAAGGAUAUCACUAUCAGCAAAAGAGACCAAGUGUGGGUUCCAGCCAUUUUUUGUUUACGGAAAAAACAACUGUACGAUCGGACUCGACGGAUGGUCUAUUCAUCCGUAUUCGGAGUGCUUUUGGAAAUCCCAAUUGAUAAACAUCAACGGAUAUCCUCAUACGUGGCAACAUAACGCCACAGCAGGAGACUGGAUUAAACAAGAGGCGACCAUACAUACUUCAAAUCUGGAUUUAAUUGCAGAAUUCGAAGAACUGCACUUAAACAGUUUCGACUAUGGAUUAAGGAACCAUCCAGCUCAUGGAACCAUGGAAAUGGAACAGCUAAACAUUUUAAAUGACCUGGUGGGACGAAUUAAUGAAGGAGAAGGCAAAGAGUUACCUGACAUCCUAGUAACAGAAGAGCAGGACAAUCAAAUCGGAAACAUGUUUUCCUGGUUUGACACAUUAAAAAUUAUGGCUCUCUCAGCGAUAGGAUUCAUCCUAUUUCUCAUCUGUCUAAGAAUUUUUAUUGCCUGUAAUCCUAUUCCACGGAUUAAGGAAAGCUUCAGACGACGCAAGCAAUCACGUAACGUGAGCGAAAGUGAUGGUCAAGAAAUGGAUUCAAUGAUACCAGAACCCAUCUACAGCGCUGGAGGAGCAAAUGAAAAACCGUUCAUUAGGGAAUUUGCACCUUUAAUGACGUUAGCAACAGAAACACCAAAAGAAACCCUUACGUCGAUAAACACACCAAGUGCACCAAAGAAAGGAAAAUUGUACCCUAUCGAAGAAUUAAAAUGGGAAAACGAGCAAAACAAGGAAUGUACAGGUAGCCACACGACCUGCAGCUAUGUCAGUACACCGACGGAAAAGCAAAUCAAUCUUCCUCAGCAGAAUCACUCAAAUGAUUCAAAACAGCCAAUCGGACUUGGCGGUGCUCAAGUCGUAUUUGGAUAUCGGCAUACGUCAACUCCGGAUAAAAAUUAG